AGUAUCAUCUUUGAAGGUAUCGUCGCCUCAUUUUGCACACCCGACAUAAAUGUCCAUAGAUUCUACUCUGAAAUCCUUGCUUACCGACAAAUCUAUAGAAGGUGUACCUGCACCCAUUGAAAAAUAAACGUACGAAGCUUCCAAGUCCCGGCGAUCAUCUUCGGAUGUAUCCUACUCACUGUUCCAUCUAUCGGAGCGGUCCGCUUCCGGGCGCAGCUGAAUCCUCCACCGUGGCGGAACGCGAGUAGUGGGGUCCCGACGCGAGUAGUCUCGGUGUGGGAUUGGCCCGAGAGGAAUCGCUCUCGGAUAAGAGGGUGCGAGCCCACGGUCAAAGCGAACAGAGAGGGAGACUCAGGACGAGCGAGUGAAGACUGUAGGGUGGGGAGAGCGCGAACCAGAGAGGGACUCGGAACAGUUCGGAUGCACACUGUGCAAGAACGGUGAUUCAGUUAGCGGCGAGCCGCCCACGGGAAAGUCUCGUCGUGUCGGUCUGCUCCUCGCGUACCCGCCGUGUUUCUCGCGCCUCUUCUCGUGGCCUCCGUCUCGAUGGAGCUUCCGCGUGCUCGCGCACCGCGCAACAAACUGGAAUGAACAAUCCACGUAUCGGAAUGAAAUUAUGGUGAAUUACUAGAGCUCGAAAAUUGGAGAAAUUCGAUGAAAUACACAGAAGCUGGUUAAGAAGGACCUUUUCGAUCGCACCAAGGCUCGUCUUCGAGGAAACGUUGCAGAGAUCUCUGCGGACUCCUCCGAGAGAUCUUUCUUAACCCUUGCCUACAAUUCCAAUCGCUAGAAAGUAAAUAAUCGUGAAUACGAUCGAAAAAUGUUCCUCGACCCUUCGAGACCGAUGAAUUCUGGCGUCAGAGGAGCGUAGGGAUCGAUUCCGAUCGAGCUCGAGGCCUCCACCCUCGAUUUCCUACGACCAGAGAAUACACAGAAACCGAAAGGCGUCGAGUUUUGAAUAUAAAGAGAACAAAAUAUCCAAGAAGGGUUGGAUAAUCCUCACCCUCGGUUUCCUGCACGAAAUUUAAAUACAUAGAGACCAAAUAUCCGAGAAUAUCCAAGAAUCGACGGACAAUUGCCUCGAAUCCGUCAUCGCAACCGUCGAAACCUACUAAAAAUCGGAAUCAUGAAGAUUCUAUCCACGUCUGGCAUCUUCCUGCUCCUAGGAGGGCUCCUGCUCCUCUGCAGGAGCACGGUGGCCAGCGAGAUGUACGCGAACACGUUCUCCAGCCAGCAGCACCCCUCGGACCCUUGCUACGACGAGGACAGACCUCGUCGUUGCAUCCCCGACUUCGUGAACGCGGCGUUCGGAGCCGCUGUUGAAGCGUCCUCGACUUGCGGAAGUGGCGGACCGACUAGAUACUGCGACGUGACGGAGCAACAGGGAGGAACGACGGGGACAGGUCAGUGCCACACUUGCGACGACAGCACACCGUGGCGACGGUUUCCGGCGAGCUACCUCACGGACCUGAACAACCCGAACAAUGUGACCUGCUGGCGGAGCGAGCCGCUGGUCACCUCGCAGAGUUUCUCCGCGCCGCCUGACAACGUGACCUUGACCCUGUCCCUGGGGAAGAAGUACGAGCUGACCUACGUCAGCCUGCAGUUCUGCCCGAAGGCGGCCAAGCCGGACUCCAUCGCGAUCUACAAGUCGAUGGACUACGGGAAGACGUGGCAGCCGUUCCAGUUCUACUCGUCCCAGUGCCGCAGAGUCUACGGCAGGCCGAACAGGGCGCCCAUCACCAAGGCCAACGAGCAGGAGGCGAGGUGCACAGACAGUCACAGAUACACCGGAGGCGACGGACUGGGGCCCGUCGGGAGAAUCGCCUUCAGCACCCUCGAAGGACGACCUUCCGCCUCUGAUUUCGACAAUUCUCCGGUGCUUCAGGACUGGAUAACCGCCACCGACGUCAGGGUCGUGUUCAAUAGACUCCACGUGGCCCAGCAAACGUCUCAGGAGCAAGUCUCCCUCGGCAACAACGACGACCGCGAUCAUGGAUUGGACAUGAGCCUCGAAAAACUCGCGAAACGCGAGAGGGACCGCGACGAGAGGACCAAGAAGAACCUCCUUCGAGGACAGCUCGAUUCCUUGGCCACCGCGUUGCCUUCCGUGCACCAGGUGAUCGCUCCUCAGGAGAUGCAAUCGAACGACGCGGUGGACGUCGCCGAGAUGAGCUUCGCCGCUGUCACUGUCUCCACCCCCACGACCACCACCUUCGCGAGCAAUAUCGGCACCAGCACGCUAGCUCAUCACUACGCCGUCUCCGAUUUUGCCGUCGGCGGCAGGUGCAAGUGCAACGGCCACGCGGCAAGGUGCAUCCCGGGCAAGGACGGCGAGCUCGCCUGCGAGUGCAGGCACAACACCGCCGGCAGGGACUGCGAGAAGUGCCGACAGUUCCAUUUCGACCGACCCUGGGCACGGGCCACCGCUAGAGAUGCCAACGAAUGCAAAGAAUGCAACUGCAAUCUUCACGCGAGAAAGUGCAGAUUCAACAUGGAACUGUACAAGCUGUCUGGCCGUGUCAGCGGAGGCGUUUGUCUGCAGUGCCGGCAUUUUACGGCAGGAAGACACUGUCAUUAUUGUCGGGAAGGUUACUACAGGGAUCCAGAGAGACCGAUCACGCAUCGUAAGGCCUGCAAACCGUGUGACUGUCACCCGAUCGGAGCCUCCGGGAAAACUUGUAACCAAAGUACCGGUCAAUGUCCGUGUAAAGAUGGUGUAACCGGUACCACUUGCAACAGAUGUGCCAGAGGUUACCAACAGAGCAGAUCGCACAUUGCACCAUGCAUCAAGAUACCGAGGGUUGUGCAGACUCAGGGCACAGCCGGCGAGGAGAGCGAGGAGCACGGAGACGAAGACGAUGAGCGCAGUUACGAUGGACGAGCUGACCAAUGCGGAAAGUGUCGAGCCAGCACUAAGAGAUUAAACCUGAACAAAUACUGCAAAAGAGAUUACGCUAUCCUGGGCAGAAUAACCGACAGGCACAAAAAGAACGAUGAAUCUCCAGCCGGAACGAGCGUGUCCAGCUCAGUUUGGAUACGUUUCACCUUAAACGUCGAUUUCAUUUACAAGAAAGCUCCCAACUCGAGGAUUCGACGCGGAGACGUGUUCCUUUACGUGCACACGGCCGACCUGGCCUGCAGAUGCCCAAAAAUCAAACCAGACAAGUCGUAUCUGAUCCUGGGCCAAGAGAGCGACGGCGGUGGCCAAGGGGGCCUGACAGUGACGCAGAGGUCGAUUGUGAUCGAAUGGCGCAACGAGUGGCACAGCCGAAUGCGGCGCUUCCAGCGAAGGGCGAGAUCGUGCCAUUGAA